AUGGACAUCCAGGCUCUGAAACAGUGGCUAAUAAUCAUUGAUAACCUGAUGACUCAGGACAAAACGUCUUUUAGAGAACUUUUGAUGCGUAUUUCAACAACAUCUAAUUCUACGCUUUCGAGUUUAAUAACUAGCAAGGAAUCGGAUCACGAAUUGCGAGCGCAGGCUUUGAAGCGAUUAGCUUUUACAGUUUUAAGUUCUGAACUGGAUCGGUAUCAAUCUCAGGUGCCAGAAAUUCAAGAGCGGUUGUCAGAAAAUAUAAGGCUAUCACAGGUUCCAACAGUUCAUGCUCAGGUUUUUCUUUGUUAUCGAGUACUUCUCCUUCGUCUUAGACCUUCCCACCUCGUCAGUAUGUGGCCUGCGAUGGUUACAGAACUAGCAAGUUUUUUAACUGUUGAACUUUCAAAUUGGCAUUUAACGUUUUUCUCAAAUAAAUUUGAAAUUUACUCUACAACACUAGUUCAUGUUUUACUGCAAAUAGAACAACAACUCCUAGGUGCCUCCAGUUUGUCAGAUGACCUGAAAUGCGAUCGAAGUGAUCACUGGAUGCAGCUUUAUUUAGCUGCGUGCAAACUGUUAGAAGCCUUGUGUACUUUGCCCUCUGGAUACUUGCCUCAGUAUCAGAUGUGUCACUGGGCAUUUGUUGCCUCUGUCGGUGCUAGUUGUAGCGACUCAUUUGUUCCAUUCGCGGGACGAAUCAGUGCGCUUUUGAACAACAAAUUUGGGCAGCUGACGACGAGUGAAAAGAAAUUAAUUUCUGCGUCAUUAUUAAACGUGAAGACGUUAACAAGUUUCGGAGAACUGCGGCCAUUUUUCUUAGCUCUUGCAACGCAAAAUAAAUCGUUACUCAUCUCUCAGCCAUAUUCUACUGAAGAUGGUCAGCUCCGUGACGCUGCGUUUAUGAGUGGAAAGUUGACUUACAACAGUGCUAUUAGCCGUCUGGAGCACUCAUUACAUGUUGAUUUCGCUGAACCUUGGCAGUUGUAG